UCUGACCCACAAGAUCUACGAGGACGUGCACCAUCAAAGCGUGGUGUUGGCUGUCAGUUUGGCCCUGACAUCACUGACGCAUGGUUGUCAAAAAAUGGUGUACAAUAUGUCAUCAGGAGUCAUGAGGUGAAGCCUGAGGGAUAUGAAGUCCAUCAUAGUGGAAAAUGCAUCACGGUUUUCUCUGCGCCUAACUACUGUGAUCAAAUGGGAAACAAAGGCGCGUUCAUAACGAUAACAGGAGAUAAUUUGACGCCCAAGUUUACCUCAUUCGAGGCAGUGCCUCAUCCUAUGGUGCCGCCGAUGGUGUACGCAAAUAGUCUCUUCGGCUUUGCCUGAUA